AUGCAUUUACCUGACUAUGGAGGCUUAUACCAGAGCCUGCAUGAUAAUAACGUGUUGGAGCAAUGGCCAGCUUUCCCGGUCAUUCCCAUCUUCCUCGAAACGCACGAUGACCGGGCAGCGCCGAAGACAUAUGGUACCACUCCAACGACGCCCACCACACCUGAGACUCUUACGCAUAGUCAACCAGCGCCUUCAAGCCUGGCCCGCUUGACUACGCCGGACAAGAGCUCAUUGCAACACAGUCCUACCACUACGAUCCAGACUUCGAGCGCUCGCUCCAGUGUCUGGCCCAUCCCGGAGCCCCAACCAGAGAUCCAGUACCAGGAACCCCGCCGGCCAACACUUAACUUCUUCCCUACCGAACGACCUAGGAUACGCCUUGGCGGGAUGUCUUCUUUGCAGAUCGCACAAUUCAACGAGAAAACUCCCAUCAAUGCCAAUGAUCCUGGCUUAGGUAUUAUCCACGGCCUGUCCAAGCCACCCUCGAUCGAGGUCACACCACCCAUCAAUGAGAAAGCAGACGCCUCAUUCAACUUCGCACAGCGCAUAGAAGAAAGGCUCUGGAGAUACAGUGCCUCCGGUAACAUCCUGAAAAGGUGGCUACUCGAGAUUCUCAGUUGGCUAUUCAGCGCUAUCUGCAUGGGUGCAGUUAUCGGUGUCCUCAUCUACUUACAAGGCAACUCUCUCUCUAGGUGGACCAUCCAAGAGAAGACACAUCUGACCCUGAACGCUUACAUCUCUAUCCUGUCAAAGAUGGCCGGCGCUGCUCUCAUCCUUCCGGUUUCCGAAGCUCUUGGUCAGCUGAAAUGGAGUUGGUUCCUGGAACACUCGAAGCAGAUUUGGGACUUCGAAAUUUUCGACAACGCUUCCCGAGGCCCGUGGGGCUCUCUUUUGCUCUUGAUAAGGACCAAAGGAAGAGCUUUAGCAGCGCUUGGAGCAUUAAUCAUGCUAUGCGCCCUGGCCCUGGACCCAUUCUUCCAACAGGUCGUUGACUUCCCGGAGCGGUCAGCGUUGUAUAACACUUCAGGCACAAUUCCAAGGGUCGUCAACUACAGUCCGUCUUUCAUUCCGGAAUUCAAGUAUGGGUACGAAGUGAGUCAACUCAACCAGGACCUUGGACCAAGUAUACGUCAAUUUCUGUACGGGAACGGUACACAUCCGAUUGAGUUUGGCAAUGGGACCCGACCAGACAUACCGCUAUCCUGCCCCACCAGCAACUGUACAUGGCCAGAGUAUGAGACACUUGCUGUUUGCAGCAAAUGUGUCAGUAUCGAUGUUUCUGAGGUCCUUACCUUUGCUUGCCUUAACACCACGAUUGACUGGACUGCAUCCUUUACCGGAGAAAUCGCCGACACGACAACUCCGAACGGAACAGCAUGCGGAUACUUCAUCAACGCCACUAGUACGGCACCUAUACUCAUGUCAGGCUACUUGUUCAACGAAAGCAAUGUCGGACAUGAGAUUGGUGAAGCUUUGUUAGUGCGCACAAUGCCGCUCACCAAGUUCCUCACGAAGGACCAGCUGUACGGUGCCGGAUCAAUCAAGUUCAAAGACGUACGUAACCCUCUGUUGGACGCGUUGAUCGUCUCUGCAACGAACGGAGCAGACAGUGUCUACCAGCAUGAAUCACCUGUUGUCCACGAAUGUGUCCUUUCAUGGUGUGUUCAAACCAUUAAAUCGUCAUACGAAGGAGGAAAGUACACCGAGGAAGUUUUGAGUCGAUACGAGAAUACGACAGCUGGCCCAUCUCCGUGGGAGAGUUUCCCGAUACCCGAGGACGAAGGUGGGGGUUUUGACACAUUCUACAUGCAAGACAUCAGCAUCACUCCGGCAACCUCAGAUCAAGAUCGCCCAGCUUCUACAGUUUUCAACACAACCUACGGGACCAACAACAUCACCGCAUACACCCUCAUCAACGUUUUCGAUGACUUCUUCCCUUCGUACUACACUGUCGCGAGUGCUGCUGACACUCCAAUCUUGAGAUACAAGAAUUAUGAUGGCACUGGCGCAUCAACGCGAGAGCUUGCAUACAGUUCGUGGCAAGAACCAAAUGACAUCGUAUUCCACGUCAGCAGAUUGGCCGUGGCCAUGACCAACGGGAUUCGAUCCGAUGUCAACAGCAAUGAGAUGCUCCAUGGUACUGCGUACAGGAUGGAAACAUAUGUUGAAGUACGCUGGCAGUGGUUGGCCCUUCCCCUAGGCGUUCUCUUCGUCUCUUUGAUAUUCCUGGCUGCUACAAUCACGAAAUCUGCACUCGAACGCGAGCGGGUGGGUGUGUGGAAAACAUCUGCUUACGCGACUCUGCUCUAUGGGCUUCCAGAUGAAGUCCAAAAGAAGAUCACACGAUCAUCCAGUACAGGAACUCCGCGAACCAAAGCGAAAGAGAUGAAAGUGAAAUUACAGCCUAACCAGGGCUGGAGGAUAUCUGAAGCUAUCUUCUCGCCAUUUUCGCCAAAACCACGAUUAAAUCAACCGCCUCCUGGUUGGAUAUAA